AUGAUUGACCAACGUAUUUUCGAGGAUCUCCAGACGAAGAUCGACGAGGAGACCACCGUUCGUGAUGAACUGCACGACAUUGUCCAGACGCUCGCUAGGAAAGGGCGCUCGACGCAAGCUAUCCUCGCCAGGGCGCACUCGACCCCCAGUGAUAAAUUGCAAUCCGUCCUUGACGAUGCCACCGCCAGCAUUAUUGCACAGAAAGAGGAAGUUGCUCGCUUGAGAAGUGUUGCCGAUAAACACCCAUUCUACAAGUACAAUGGGGUGUGGUCGCGCGAACUCCAAAAUCUGGUCGCCUCGAUUGAACUGUGUGCUUGGCUAGGUGGACUCCCAGAGCACAAGGGCCCAGUUUCGGCUUCAUUCAUGACAAUCGAAGACGUGGGAAAGUUCCUGGAUGUCCCCAUCAACCUGAAGGAACAAGAUGCGUUCCACCUGACCAUCGAGGAAUAUCUCCUGGCCCUGAUUGCCAUGGUUGAGGAAUUGUCUCGCCUGGCGGUGAACUCCGUAACUCUAGGCGACUACGAGCGUCCCCUUCAGAUCGGCAACUUCAUCAAGGACCUCUUCUCUGGAUUCCAGCUUCUCAAUCUGAAGAAUGAUAUUCUACGCAAGCGCAGCGAUGGCAUCAAAUACAGCGUUAAGAAGGUCGAAGAUGUCGUCUACGACCUUUCAUUGCGAAACCUGAUCCCCAAGGGUGGUGCUACCGCAUAA